CGGUCUCUCUGGCUCGGCAACUACCUACCGGCCUACGGGCUACGGCAGCCGAUCCAGUUCCUCCACGGCUCAGGGCUCAGCCUAACUCCGCCACCCGCGCCGCCACCGUUCCUCCUCUUCCGCGCUGCCUACAGCCACUGCCGAUUGGCCCCCCUGUUCGCCGUGCAGUGGAAUAAUAAUAUCUUCUCGAUGCUCCGGAUCGCCUCUCGUCGCGCGGGCUCGCUUGGAGGUAGGGGAUCCUACAGCGCCUUGGCGAAAGGCGGCCCCUCCAUCGCCGGCGUAGGUGACAUCAUCGCGGUCGCCUCCGGGAAAGGCGGAGUCGGCAAGUCGACCACUGCAGUUAACAUUGCUGUAGCACUUUCCAAGGAGUUUAAGCUUAAGGUUGGCUUACUAGAUGCUGACAUAUAUGGUCCAUCAAUUCCCACAAUGAUGAAUCUCCAUGCCAAGCCUGAAGUAAGUGAAGACAUGAAGAUGAUUCCAACUGAGAACCACGGAGUGCAAUGCAUGUCUAUUGGUUUUCUGGUUGACAAAGAUGCACCAAUUGUUUGGAGAGGUCCUAUGGUAAUGAGUGCUCUCGAGAAGAUGACAAGGGGAGUAGCUUGGGGAAAUCUUGAUGUUCUUGUUGUUGAUAUGCCUCCAGGCACUGGUGAUGCUCAACUAUCAAUGUCACAAAGGCUUCGGUUAUCUGGUGCAUUAAUUGUUUCAACUCCUCAAGAUAUUGCUCUAAUUGAUGCUAGAAGAGGAGCCAACAUGUUCCGUAAAGUUCAAGUUCCUAUUUUGGGAUUAGUAGAGAAUAUGAGUUGCUUUAAGUGCCCAAAAUGCGGUGAGAAUUCGUACAUUUUCGGGGAAGGUGGAGCCAAGAGAACUGCGGAGGAAAUGGAUAUGAAAUUACUUGGUGAGAUACCUCUAGAAAUCAGCAUCAGAACAUGUUCAGAUGAAGGCAAGCCUAUCGUCAUAUCUUCACCAAACUCUGCAUCGGCGCAGGCGUACAUACAUGUUGCUGAGAAGGUGACUGAGAGGCUUAAGGAGCUAGCAAAUGAGCGACAAAAGGGCCCAGAAAUCUUGCUCUGAGGACACAGGCCGCCCUGUUUCUUGUCUAACUAUUUUGUGUUUAUGCCGGCGAAUGUUGUACUGAUAAGUAGAGUGUUGUUGCAAGUAGCUGUACUGGAACUUGUACUCAAAUAAUGCUUUGGUGCCUUUGACACGCACGUGUGACCUCAGUUUUCACCCUGUUUAAAUUCCGGCAUAUCUUUAGGCGAUGUCAAA